AUGUAUGCACGGAAGGUGAAACACUGGCUGUGUUACAGAAGAAGCAGCCGCAAAGUACUCGUAGUUCACGUCUCUGGUGCUGAAGCUGAUGAAGCAUCCCCAACAAGCACACCAUGCAGCAACUGUGACGGUAACAACGUGACCUGUGUUGACGGUGUGUGUCCACCUCGCUGUGUCAAUGUGUCGUCAUCUGGAGAGUGUCUCCAGUGUCAGGACUCCAGGUUCUAUGGUAAACAGUGUGAACAUGACUGUCCAGACAACUGUCUCAACUCUCGCUGUCUGAUGAACAACACCCGUGUUGUGUGUACAGAGGGAUGUGUGGCCGGCAAGAAGGGAGAUAACUGUGGAGUGAACUGUCCUUCAGCCUGUACACAGUGUGAACGUUAUGGUGAUGGUUGUACAGGACCGUGUCAGAAUCCCCGGUAUUACGGUCAAAACUGUAGCUCACCUUGUUCCUCCAGCUGUACAGAUGGAUGUAAUAGGACCACGGGGGAAUGUGGCAGCUGUGAGCCAGGUUACACAGGGGACAAGUGUGAUGUUACCUGUUCUACCAACUGUAGAGAUGGAUGUGAUAAAGACACGGGGCAGUGUGACAGCUGCGUCUCGGGUUACAGAGUGAAGAACUGUCAUGACACAUGUCCCCCCAACUGUAUAGAUGGAUGUGAUAAAGACACGGGGGAGUGUGGCAGCUGUGAGCCAGGUUACAGAGUAAAGAACUGUAAUGACACCUGUCUCCCCAACUGUAGCGAUGAAUGUGAUAAGGGGAUCGGAAAGUGUGAGGGUUGUAAACCAAGGAACAAUGGGAAGUACUGUAAUAUCUCCUGUCUUACCACCUGUGGGGAAGGAUGUCAUCAAGACGGUGGAUGCAUCUUGAUACACACAGGAGCCAACGCUGAAGCCACGUAUGUUGUACUUGUCGCCAUCCCCAUCCUCAUCCUCGUUGUCAUCGUGUACAGAAGGCGACGCAAAGGAAGACAGCAGAACCAAAAAGGAACUCCUAAUCCAACUUACACAUCGUGUUCGGUCUAUACACUAGGCGGGGACAUGUGUGAUGAGCUGAGCGGGGACACGUCGAAGGAGGUCAUGGAGGGAGAGUUUAAAAAACUGCCUUCUUCAAAUAUAAAACCAGUAAAUUGUGCCUCCUUGGACGAAAACGAAGGGAAGAACAGAUACAAAGAUAUCCUGCCAUUUGAUGCUACAAGAGUGCCUCUUGAGAUUGAAAAUGAAGAUGACAGCGACUACAUCAACGCCUCUUACAUAGAUGGAUACAUGGACCAGACCCGCUAUGUUGCAACCCAAGGGCCCUUGGAACACACAAAGAACGACUUCUGGAGGAUGAUAUGGCAACUCAACACCGCCAAGAUUGUCAUGGUUACUAACCUCAUGGAGUCGGGGAAGUUGAAGUGCUACAAGUACUGGCCAUUCUGCAGCUCUGAGUCCACGAUGUACGGCAGUAUAAGUGUUCAGUGCGCGAAAGAGGAGGUCUACGAGACCUACACCCUCCGCUCAAUGGCGAUCUGGAAGGAAGGUACAGAGACAAGAAUGAUCAAGCAGUUCCACUUCACCCAGUGGCCCGACCACGGGGUUCCCAGUGACACUACAGCACUAUUACACUUCCACAAUGUAGUGAAGGACACGGCACUACCACUGUCAGGGCCAUUAGUGGUUCACUGCAGUGCAGGUGUUGGACGGACUGGCACUUUCUUAGCGUUGGACUACUUACUGGACGAGGCGAGGAGCGAGGGUCGAGUCUGUGUCUUCAACUGUGUGCAACACUUCCGUAGGGAGAGGAUGAAAAUGGUUCAGACAAAAGAGCAGUAUAUAUUCAUACACAGCAUUCUCCUGGAUGCCUUGCAAUGUGAACAGACCUUGACUCGUCCCAUGGAGCCAGUACACAUCCAGUGUGAGACAUGCUGGAACCGGCUUAAUAAUACGCACAGGGUCAAUAUGGACAUUUCAUCCAUUGACAGUGAUGAAGAAGAUGUUCUGUAUGAAAAUGUUCCCCAUCACUGGGCACGUCAGCUUCAACAAAGAAGUGGAGAUGCGGCCUCUCUCCCCGACGUCUGUGACGUGGUCUGUGAAACGAUGCCCUUGCUGCCUAGUGAAACAGACAAUACAAGCGAGGAGAGGAGCCCGGAAGAGAAGACGGACGACGAGGGAGGAAGGAUGAGUUGGGUGUCGCCUCUGUUAGGUACAAGUGACAGGGUACAGGAGACAGGUUACGAGUGACAAGUCACUGUUUCGUUCUGCCACAUAUUCCAGAGUUCCUUCAAUACAUAUUUUGUUCAUACUGUGCGUGUGUAGUGAUAAGCAGGGCAGUGGAUCGUAUUGGUAAAUUUCGUUUAAAGUCAUCCAUAUCUUGUAUGUGUUUCUCAUCGACAACCUUAACCAGCAUGAGAGAGGGCGGACGAAAUAUGAUAAAAAAAAGUUGGGUUUUUUUAAAACAAAAUAAACUGAUGUUGUGUAACUUAUUCUAUAACAUUUUUAAAAAGUUUUAAACCCUUUGCUAUCAGUCUUUAAUAAUUUAUUUAUGACGUAGAUUGAGUUACUUUGCUUCAGUAACGAAUAUUAAAUAAACAUAGCUGAAGAAAGAUCAAUCUCAUCUGGUUGUAUUAUAGACUUCAGUGUGAAAGACUGAUUUUUCUGAAGUUGAGAAAAGUGAUAUUUUCAUUGCAGUGAACAUAACACUUGAUAUUUCACUGCAGUGACACGUUGACGGAACUAUUGUUAUACAAGAGUU